AUGGCUGAUAAUGUAUUUUCACCAUCUCCCUCCUUUAGUAAGUGUGUCAUUCACCCUCAAGAAUCCUCUGAGGAUUUGCCCACACUUCCCUCCAAGAGAUCUAAGGGUAGACCUAAGGGUUCCAAAAACAAACCCAAACCACCAUCCAUAAUCAGGGUGGAGCCUGAAACCUAUAUGGAACCAAUUUUGAUUAAAAUCCCUGCUGGAGAAGAUGUUGUGGAAUCGAUAAUCAAGACCGCUUGGCGUCAUCAAGCUGAUAUCUCAGUCUUGAGAGGUUAUGGUCUUGUCUCUGGAGUUACCCUUCUCGACUCCGGGUCCCAAGACUCUCCAUUCACUAUCCGCGGAGACUGUCAGAUGAUAUCUCUCUCUGGAACAUAUGUUUAUCCUAACUCGGAUCGUGUUCCUUCUGAGUUCAUCAUCGAUCCUGAUUAUUCUUCUUUUUCCAUUCACUUGUCUGGUAAUCAUGGUCAAGUGUUUGGUGGAGUUCUUGGAGGAAAGGUUAUGACUUCAAGUGUUGUCAUGAUUACUGCCACUCUUUUGAGGAAGCCUAAGUUUUACAAGGUAGCCUCGUUCGAUGGAAGUGUUCGCGAAGUUGAAAAGAUUGAUCGUGGUGCUAUCAUUCGCAGUGAUGUUGUUGCACCUGAACUUAGAAACCAUAACAACACUGCCAAUGUGUUCAAUUUUGGUGUUGGAAAUUCCAGUUCAGCCCACCAAAGCCGCCAACUCCUCAAUUCUCCUCAUGCUUAUGUGAAUGCCAUGCAGUGGAACAACUCCACUCGUACUAGUAAUCACUAG